AUGAAUAAAACUUGUGCAAGGUGUGAGAAAACAGUUUAUCCCACUGAGGAAUUAAAAUGUUUGGACAAGGUGUGGCACAAAGGCUGCUUCAAAUGUCAGGAAUGCGGUAUGACACUCAACAUGCGUACUUACAAAGGAUACGGAAAGCUGCCCUACUGUGAAGCACAUGUGCCAAAAGCGAAGCACACCACUAUGGCGGAAACGCCGGAGCUUAAACGGAUAGCUGAAAAUACGAAGAUACAGAGCAAUGUCAAGUAUCAUGCCGACUUCGAGAAGAGCAAGGGGAAGUUUACACAGGUGGCAGACGACCCUGAGACUCUCAGGAUUAAAGCGAACACGAAGAUAAUUAGCAACGUGGCAUAUCACGGUGACCUCGAGAAGAAGGCUCAGAUGGAGAAGCAGAGACAGAUGAACGAAAACGGAGAAUUGGUCGACCUGCCAAGCGACAACUAUCAUCAACAAAUCGAGAAUUACGCAUCCGAAAUGCUGCCCUCGAGCGUGCCGCCGCCUCACUUGCCGCCCAAAAACCACUAUCAGACCCCUAAUACUCAGUACCAGACCCAAAAUACUCAGUACCCGCCCCAAAAUUCUCAAUACCAACCGCAAAACAGCCAGUACCAACAGCAGAACUCGCAUUACCAGCAAAAUACUCAGUACCAGGGUCACACACAACAGGUGCAGAAUGCACAGCACCACGUUCAGAAUACUCAUGACGCUGUUCAGAAUACACAACAUCGUGUACAGAAUACGCAGCACCAAGCGCAGAAUACGCAACACUUAGCUCAGAAUGCGCAACACAUAGCUCAGAAUGCGCAACAUCAAACGCAAAAUGCACAGCAUCCAACUCAAAAUACUCAAUAUCAACAGUACCCGAGUCAGAAUUACCAGCAGGAGAGAUACUCGGGGGAUCAGUACAAGAAAUACGACGAUUAUCAGUAUCAAUACGAGUAUCAGAAUCAAAAUCAGUAUCAGGGUCAGUACCAGGGUAAUCAGUAUUACGGAGCUGGUGGCCAGCCGAAGAUUGGGAGGAUCCAAGAUUAUGACCCAGUCAGUGACGGACCUAGGGCUCCGCCUAACACUCAGAGGGCGUCUGCCACGCUUAUUUAUAAUAGUACGAGCGACGGGAAAAGAGGUUCUCAGACGGGAGGACAACAAAGCAGCCGGCAGAUUGGACGGGUCACCGAUCUAGAUCCCCUCGCUACAGAACAAGCGAAACCUAAUCAUACCUCACAGAACGUUUACAUCGCCAUGUAUGACUACGAAGCAACCGAUAGCGACGAGGUAUCGUUCCGCGAGGGUGACUAUAUAUGUAACGUGAGCUGUAUAGACGAGGGCUGGAUGACUGGACAGGUGUUACGCACAGGACGCACUGGCAUGCUGCCCGCCAACUAUGUAGAACGAGUGAACGCGCGUGUCUAG